CGUGACAAAACAAUAAUAAAGCGCGCCUACGAUUUUUCCCUUUAUCCCCAAAAAAAUUCAAUUUCAAUUUCAAAUUCUUCUCUCUCUUCCACUCUCUCUUAAACACACACUCACACACAGAGAUCCAUUUUCACUUCACACAAACCCUAAUUUCAAAAUCCAAACCUUUUUCUCUUUCUUCUCUUUCUCCAAUUUCAAUCUUUUAUGGAUGAAGAAUGCAAUUCAUCGCAGCAAUCGAUUUUGACCGUCCAAUCUGCUUCAAAGGUUAUGAGUGAGAAGAGGGUUAAUAGCCACUUGGGAGAUAAGCAUGAACCCCUUAGAAAACGUGUCAAAAUGAAAGAUCUUGAAUCCGUGGUUGCUGCAGAAAAGGCAAUUGGGAAAGAAAACAUUGUUCAAUCGUCAUUUGGUGAUAAUGAGAUGUCACAAAUCACCAAGGUGCCUUUGACAGUGGACGUCAAUGUUUCAAAAGAAGAGCAAGAUGGAAGGAGCACAUCGGGUAGUCCCAGGGUAUUGGAUCUUAACACUGAAGUUUGUGGUACCAGGUAUCCUUCUUUGUAUCCGGAUAAAAGCAGCGGAUUUGGUGAGAAACUCAGUAAGGACAAGGAAUUGUUGUCGGAAAAGCAGGAAAGAGAACAACUUGGUGGUGGUGAUGUGAACACGAGAGGAAUUAAUGUGGAUCUCAACGCAGAAGAUGAUACUAGGUCCGUGAAUGUGGGACCAACAAAUUUUCACAAAGAACAUGGUCAUUUUAAGUCAAAGGAUUUGUCUGAGAGUGGGAGCAGUGCUGAACCUCCAAAGGAGAGAGAUCCAAUGAGAAUAUGGACAGAGAUGAAGCGAAAUGGUUUUAUUUCAACUUCAACUGUUCAUGGAGGCAUUCCGGUGCCAAAGAAACGCGGGAGGAAAAGUAAGAGUGAAAUUCUUGAGCAAAAAAUGGAGCUUGCAAAGAGAGAACAAAUCAACAGGUUUACAAAGAUUGCAGCUCCAAGUGGACUACUGAAUGAUUUAAACCCUGGGAUUAUUAAUCAUGUAAGAAAUAGAAAACAGGUCCAAACAAUUAUUGAAUCUCUGGUAACUGAAAAACACGAAAAUAGGAGCAUAGGAAGUAGGCAAGCAGCACAUCGAAUGAGUGGAAGUACAGGCGUUAACAAGAGGGACCUAGAACAUGUGAAAGAUGCGAGUAAGCAUCAGCCUACUUUUUAUCAUGAACAAGCACGAAAGAGUCAUGUGACAAAGAACGAGUCCUCAUGGAUUUUGGAGGGUAAAGGUUAUGAUCGUGACGCAUACAAUGUAGAAAAAGCUGGCCUUAAAGAUUGUGCAUCAAAUGCAAGUCAUGUCACAGAAGAUGACAUUUUAUCGCUGAAAUUGUCAUCUUCAAUGAAGGCGUCAGUCAGUUCCACCAAUAUGUCGAAUGAAGAAUCAUCAAAUGUUACAACGGUUUCAUCUCUUUCUCUAAAAGCUGCUACUGUUGCUUCUCAAUGGUUGGAGCUUCUACAUCAAGACAUCAAAGGGCGUCUUGCGGCUUUGCGUCGCAGUAGGAGGAGAGUUCGAUCUGUAAUCACUACUGAGUUGCCUUUCCUUAUGUCGAAGGAAUUUGGAGCUGACCAGAAUUAUGAUCCUUGUGGCAUGAAAUUUCCUGAGGGACUUCCCACUAGUAAAAUAGCAGAGUUGCAUCAGGCAAGAUGGACUGCGUUGUUUGAUCAUAUGGAUGAAGCACUUAUUGAAGAGGAAAAGCAACUUGAAAGUUGGUUGAAUCAAAUAAAAGAAAAGCAAUUGCUAUGUGAUCAGGGCGUGCAACAUAUAAACUGGAGCAAGGGUUAUGGUUUACCACAGUUGGCAACUUCAGAAAACCACUCCAGAUCAUCACAAAUAGACAUCUCGGAGAAAGAGUUAGCUGUUAAUGCAGCAGCAGCUUCCAUAUACUCAACAUGCAAUUUUCUAACGUCAGAGUUGAGUUGCAUUUGACAUCGAGUCAUACACAAUCUUGUCAAUUGCUGAUAGCGGAGAAUAACAGUUUGUUCAAAUUUUGCUAUCCUAUAGUGCUACAGCAGUGCUAUGGUCACUAUUUGAAGCACUUUGUACUAAAUAGCGUAUUGCGGAACAAUAACAUGUUAGAUUCCGCUAUGCUACAGUGCUGUAAUGCUGCUAUAGCCACUAUUUCUCAACACUAGUCAUAUGAUCACCAGAUUAUGUUGGUUGUCUCUCUUCUUAAAUUGCUUUAGCAAUUGCCAUUGACAUGCAGAAAAAAUUAGUGAAGUUGGCAUAUGAGCAAGUUUUGAUACUUGUUGUGAUUGUAAUUCUAGCUGUUGAAUUAAUUUAUUUUUCACUUUAUUUUGCCGAACUUUUCUACAAAAAAUCAAUAAUCAUUACAACAAAACCAAUAUCAAUGUAUUCUUUCUCAUGAGUGGUAUUUUUGACACAUUUA